GCUUUCGUUUUACGUCACAAUAGGGUCGCGCAUCACACAGGCUCGCCAUUUUUGCUUGCGCUUGUCUUUGUACGCCGUUCUCUGCAAAGAGAUUCGGGGGCGUUUUAUUGGCUCGCUUUUUUUUUUUUUUUUACAAAACGAUGCAAGGAAACAGGGGUCCUCACCAAAACCACGGUCCCAACCGUCAAUCUGGUCAGGGAGACCAGAAGAAACAUGGAGGGAACACGAACGGCGAGGAGCCGAGCGACUCGACUAGCCGCCCGAACGAGGCCUUAACGCUGGACUUGCAGAGCUUCAGGAAACCGGGUGAGAAAACCUUCACCCAGCGCAGCAGGCUCUUUGUGGGUAACCUGCCCAGCGGAGUCACGGAGGAGGAUAUUCAAAAGCUGUUCGCGAAGUACGGCAAGGCCACCGAGAUCUUCGUCAACAAGGACCGGGGGUUCGGCUUCAUCCGCCUGGAGACCCGAAUCAUCGCCGAGAUCGCCAGAGCCGAGCUCGACGACACCCCGUUCAGAGGUCGACCCAUCCGCGUCCGCUUCGCCACUCACGGUGCCGCCCUGUCUAUCAAGAACCUGCCGGAGUUUGUGUCCAACGAGCUGCUGGAGGAGGCCUUCUCCGUUUUCGGUCAGAUCGAGCGCGCCGUCAUCAUCGUGGACGACCGAGGGAGGCCCACCGGGAAGGGGAUUGUGGAAUUCACCUCCAAGCCGGCGGCCAGGAAGGCUCUGGACAAAUGCAACGACGGCGCCUACCUGCUCACCGCCUUCCCCCGCCCCAUCAUCGUGGAGCCCAUGGAGCAGCUCGACGACGAGGAGGGUCUGUCCGAGAAACUCAUCACCAAAAACCAGCAGUACCACAAAGAGCGCGAGCAGCCCCCGCGCUUCGCCCAGCCGGGCUCCUUCGAGUACGAGUACGCCAUGCGCUGGAAGGCCCUGAUGGAGAUGGAGAAGCAGCAGUACGAGAUGGUGGACCGCAACAUGAAGGAGGCCCAGGAGAAGCUGGAGGCCGAGAUGGAGGCGGCCCGGCACGAGCAUCAGGUGAUGCUGAUGAGGCAAGACCUGCUCAGGCGCCAGGAGGAGCUGCGCAGGAUGGAGGAGCUCCACAGCCAGGAGGUGCAGAAGCGCAAGCAGGCCGAGCUCCGGCAGGAGGAGGAACGCCGGCGCAGGGAGGAGGAAAUGCGCAUGCGCAACGAGGAGAUGAUGAAGCGCCAGCAGGAGGGCUUCAGGGGCGGCUUCCAGCCCGAGAGCCGAGAGCAAGACAUGAGGAUGCACCUGGGCUCCUCCGGGAUGCCGGCCGACAACGCCGCCCUCAUGGCCGGCUCGGGCGGCGCCAGCUUGCCGGGGGCGCAGGGCGGCUUCCCCCGGGGCCUCCCUGGACCCGGGGACUACGUACCCAACAAGCAGCGCAGGUUUUAGAUGCUACGUCGGCUCACUCGGCCAGAUUGUUUUGCCUAAGUUCACAGAGAGAAAGCGUUACCUUUUGUUCUCGAAAAAGUGGCAUGUACGUUUUAGUUUUCCCUUUUGUUGUCCUUUGGAAUUAGAAGUAAUUGUUCCAAUGUUCUCAAUUGAGCCAUUUGUCUUAUUCUCACUUUUUCAUAUGAAUACUAAAAGAUAUUUGUCUGAGUUUUUUUCUUUAAUAAAUUUUUGAAAAACGUC